AUGCAACAAGCCUACACACUCGCACACAAGGCGACUUCAAAGAAUGCGGCGAAGGGUAAGAAGAAUUACGAUCGACGAGUCAGGUGUUCAAGUCUUGAACCGGGAGAUCGCGUGCUAGUACGCAACCUCACGCCUAGAGGAGGUCCAGGUAAACUUAGAGCAUAUUGGGAGGAAGCUCUACAUGUUGUUGAAUCGCGUAAAGGUUCGGACAGCCCAGUAUAUGAAGUGAAGCCAGAGUCGGGUCAUGGUCGAAACCGCACACUUCACCGUAAUCUCCUAUUACCAUGUGAUUUUCUUCCGAUUGAAAAUUGGCCAGAAAUCGAGCGGACAGUUAUUAAAAGAGUUCCUCCCAGAAGUUCCAUCUCAAAACCCGGCAACGAAGAAACAGACGAAGAAGAGAGCGUAGAUGAAAGUGAAGAUGAAAUUCGCAUUACUUGGAACACUGACAAAAUUAAUAAUGCUGCAGCUGCAGACGGAGAUUUCGUUGGUGAACCGAACCCAGACAUUGCCGUCGAUGAAGCAGAUGGUGGCGACGCCACAGACGAGUCUUGGGCUGAUGAUGAAAACCAUGAAAUAACUGGAGAUGAACAGACGAUGAACAAGAAGAAGUACGUGAUGUGCGUUCGCAACGAAACAGGCAACCGCCCCAGAGAUUAA